CCUCGUCUCUUAGAGCUCGUCGACGACAGGGCCGGUCAAGAGAUGCCUCGCGAGCUUAUCACGCUUCAGGCGGGUCAGUGCGGUAACCAGGUCGGCUCGCACUUCUGGGAGCAUCUCUGCAGAGAUCAUGGUAUCGCAAAGGAUGGCACGCUGGAGGACUACGCGAGUGAGGGGCUAGCCAACGAUCGCAAGGACGUAUUUUUUUACCAGGCCGACGACGAGCACUAUGUUCCGAGAGCCAUCCUUGUCGAUCUGGAGCCGCGAGUGAUCAACAACAUUAUGAGCGGGCCAUACAAGAACCUGUACAACCCGGAGAAUGUCUACAAGUCCAAGAAUGGAGGUGGUGCGGGCAACAAUUGGGCCCAGGGCUACGGCGCAGGCGAGCAGAUUGCCGAUGAGCUCAUUGAGAUGGUCGAACGCGAAGCCGAUGGAAGUGACAGCCUCGAGGGCUUCAUGCUCAUGCACUCGAUUGCCGGCGGGACUGGAUCGGGCUUGGGCUCGUUCCUGCUCGAGAGGCUCUCCGACGCCUAUCCAAAGAAGCUCAUUCAGACCUACAGUGUCUUUCCAAACACCGAGGAGACUUCCGACGUCGUUGUUCAGCCAUACAACUCGGUCCUUGCUAUUAAAAGACUUGUCGAUAACGCCGACAGUGUCGUGGUCCUCGACAAUGCUGCUCUCGCGAGAAUUGCAAGCGACCGACUUCACAUUCAGAAUCCAAGCUACGACCAAACGAACCAAUUGGUGAGCACCGUCAUGGGCGCCUCGACGACGACGCUCCGCUACCCGGGAUACAUGAACAACGACUUGACAGGGAUGAUUGCGUCACUCAUCCCGACACCACGAGCUCAUUUCCUCAUGACCUCGUACACGCCCUUUACCUCCGACACCAUCGAUCGAGGCAAGGCCACUACCAAGACGUCGGUGCUGGACGUCAUGAGGAGGCUGCUGCAGCCUAAGAAUCGUAUGGUUUCGACGCAGGGCGCCACCAAGUCGGCGUGCUACGUCUCGAUCCUUAACAUUAUCCAAGGCGAUUCGAUCGAUCCCCGAGACGUGCACAAGUCUUUGCUUCGCAUUCGCGAGCGGCAUUUGGCCUCCUUUAUUCCCUGGGGGCCCGCCAGCAUCCAGGUUGCCCUCACAAAACGGAGUCCGUAUACGCCGGCCUCGCACAGGGUCAGUGGAUUGAUGCUGGCCAACCACACCGGCAUUGCCGGCAUCUUCAAGAGGACGGUGGACCAGUACGACAAGCUCCGGAGAAGGAAUGCAUUCCUGGACAUGUACCGGAAGGAAGCGGUCAUUGGAGACGACCUGAGCCAAUUCGACGAGGCCCGAGAAACGGUAGCGGAGCUCAUGACGGAGUACCGUGCCGCAGAGAGUCCUGAUUAUAUCACCGGCAAGACCGACGAAGCUUGACUGUUGCCGUUCUCCUGACUCUGUAUUCAUGUGUAAAAUAACGUUAUUGCCCUGACUUGGGAUGAGGCUGUCGAAUGAGAGACACUAAAGCGAAA